AUGGCCAACAGAGUUCCACAGCCCACCGACGACCAGUUACUCCGAAGGUCUGGUCGCAUAUACUCCCGGUUCGGUCUGCAGCAUCAUGUCUACGGUGUUCCGGUAGACUGGAGGGUGCUUCGACAGAAGGAACAUGAGAGAAUCGAAGAGCUUCAUCGUACACUCCGCGACUUGUUCCAAGGACAAGUCGUACUGCCGCCCUUUCCACCGGCCACCAACGACAGCAACAGCAAUGGAGCACCGAAAGUGUUGGACUGUGGAUGCGGUCAGGGUGCGUGGAUCGAUGGCCUGAUCGAUGAUUGCUCGGGUGAAUGCGAUGGCACAGGAAUCGAUAUCUACCUCGGCCGGGCUGUUGACGACGACGAAGACCCGGAAGAGGACGAGGACCAGCCAGACGCAGUCCAGGAAUGGGAAAGAAAGAGAUGGAACUUGAAUGCCAGAUUCUCCGAAGAUCCAAGACGCCAUGGGCUCGGGCCUGAAAGCUUCCACUUGAUCAACAGUCGCCUGCUCGCAGAGGGUAUAAAUGCGAGCCGUUGGCCGAGUUACGUGCACGACUUGUGUCUGAUGCUGAAGCGCGGCAAUGGUUGGCUGCAAAUGAUCGAGAUCGAACCUCGUGUUCAGUCAUGGAACGGCCGGCUUCGUAUGGACUCAUGCUUGACGAGGUGGUGGGAGUGGUAUGUCAGUACCAUGACCACCAUGCGCAAGAACCCCCGGAUAGGCCAAGAGCUUCGAAGGUUGCUUGAGCAUGAAGGUCUCGCCGAUGUACGGGGCCAACCGAUUGAUCUCCCUAUUGGCGACUGGGCUACCGGUCGAACAUCGAUAGAGACCGACGCAGUCGAGAAGAUGCUGAAGUCCCUCUCUUUGUACCCUUUCCUCCACGUCGGCGGCAUGGCGGAGAAUACCUAUCUCCAGCUCAUGGCAGGAGCGAUACGAGAGCUUCGAACACCAGACCUGAAGUUGUACCUCAAAGUACACUACGCUUACGGGCGGCGGCGGAGGGCAGGUUGA